AUGAAAGAAGCCAUCGUGUCAAGAGGCCCCAAGGUCAAGAUUAUCGACAGUCCGAUACCGAAAGCAGGACCGGGCCAAGUUGUGACCAAGAUCGUGUUUGCGGGCAGUAACCCCAAAGAUUGGAAACGACCCGAGUAUUGGGGCGCAAAAGGCACCGGUAACCAAGGCGAUGAUCACUCGGGUGUUGUGUAUGAGGUUGGCGAGGGAAUCACUGAGUUUCGACCAGGUGAUCGCGUCGCGGCGAUGCAUGAAGGGAAGCAGCCUGGGGGUAGUUAUGCUGAGUAUGGGGUAAGUUGGGCAUACACUACUUUUCGACUCCCAGAGAAUACUUCGUUUGAAGAGGGAGCUGCAAUUCCAUUCGCCGCACUUACAGCGGCCUGUGCUCUCUACGCAUGUCUUCGUCUUCCAGAGCCAUGGAUCCCAGUCUCUGACUAUCAGAGGAUCCCUCUUGUCAUAUGGGGAGCAUCUUCAGCCGUCGGCUCAUAUGCCGUCCAGCUCGCCCGCCGUUCAAACAUCCACCCUCUCAUCUGCGUCGCAGGCCGCGCGCAAGAGCACGUUGAGAAAUUAAUUGACAGAAGCAAAGGCGAUACCGUGAUAGACUACAGAAAAGGCCGCGACGCAGUCAUCAAAGAGAUCAGAGCAUCGCUCAAGGGAGAAAAGCUGGAGUAUGCCUUCGACGCAGUGUCUGAGAUGGGUUCCUACCAGACUAUCUGCGAUGUUCUGGGUCAUCAGACUGGCAAGAUCACACUUAUUAUUCCAGCGCAAAGCUAUUCGGAUAUUCCGGAGACGAUUCAGAAAUCGGUCACCACCGUGGCGAGCGUACACGAGGAUCUGAAGGACUUUGGGUAUGUGUUUACAAGAUACUUCAGCAAGGGUCUUGAAAAAGGUUGGUUCAAGGCACAGCCACAAGAGAUUGUACCAGGUGGUUUGGAAGGGGUUGAAAAGGGGUUGGUAAACUUGAAGAAUGGGACGGCUAGUGCGGUCAAGUACGUGUACAGGAUUGCUGAUACACCAGGUGUUGAGAAAUGA